CUGUGCCAUCAGCGGCAGGUGUCACUGUCAGAGCCUGAGUUCUGACAUCUGGGCACACAGGGUUGUGGUUUCAGUGCUCUGGGCCUGAGGAAUAGGCUGAGUCCAGGCCUUGGGGGCUCUGGCUGCACCCAGGGUCAAGGAGGUCCUCUGUGGACACAGCCCCACACCCCUUCUGUGGCUCUCUCUGAGGCCAGCCCUGUCUCCCAGCAGUGUUGGGUGGGGUCUCUCUGUUGGGGUGGGGAUACAGGCACCAGGGUGGCCACCCUGCUCCUCAGACCCAGGCUGUAAUUUGGACUCUGUUAACGGGUAGAGCUGGCCAGCAGGGCGGGCACAGAGCUAUAAGUAGGCCAGGCACCCACCCUGGAAGUAGUCUGAGUCAUCGAGACGGCACUGGAACCCAUGGACACAUCGUUCCCCCGUGAGGACCCUCAGGGCCCGACACUGGGCAAGGCUGCUGAUGCUGCUCCCAUGGCCCUCGUGUUGGGAGCACCGAGCCCUCCACCCCGUGACCACUUGAUCUGGUCCAUCUUCAGCACGAUCUACCUGAACCUGUGCUGCCUCGGCUUCCUGGCACUGGUACACUCAGUCAAGGCCCGAGACCAGAAGGUGGCUGGUGACCUAGAAGCAGCACAACGCUAUGGCUCCAAAGCCAAGUGCUACAACAUCCUGGCCAUCAUGUGGACCUUGGUCCCUCCACUACUGCUCCUGGGACUGGUGGUGACUGGAGCCCUGCACCUGUCCCGGCUGGCUAAGGACUCUGCGGCAUUCUUCAGCACCAAGUUUGAUGAUGCAGACUAUGACUGACCAGUUGGGUCCCUGUCCUGACCAGAAUGCCCCAGUCCCAGAAUCCUGGCCCAAGGGAGCUGGAUCCUGUGAUUAGGGCCUCAAACCCUGCCUGGCCCUGACCCUAGAGGCACCCCAGGCCCAACAUGGGCACCCAAGGCUGACCCACUCAGACUCCAGCGACCUCAGCCCAGCUGUAAAAGGGUCCCCAGCCCCUCACUCACUGGGCUCAGUCUCUGUUCACAAUUAAAAGUACCAG